UCUCACAGGCUCGCUGGCCGAUCUGGAGCUUAUUAAGGAUGGCUGAACCACCUCGGUCAUGUGACUGUUUUGUAUCUCUUCCUCCGGGUUCAAAGGAAGAUUAUGUGAUAUUCGGUAAAAACUCUGACCGUCCGCGGGAUGAGGUGCAAGAGGUGGUGUAUUUCCCAGCGUCUUCACACCCUCCUGCCUCCACUGUGGAGUGCACAUAUAUCUCCAUUCCUCAAGUGGAGCACACUAAUGCAGUGGUGCUGAGCAGACCUGCCUGGCUCUGGGGCGCUGAGAUGGGGGCCAAUGAACACGGCGUGUGUGUCGGAAAUGAGGCCGUCUGGACCAAAGAGCCUGUGAAUCCAGAAGAGGCUCUGCUGGGAAUGGACCUGGUUCGGCUGGGUCUGGAGCGAGGGGACAGUGCUCGGGCGGCUCUGAAUGUAAUCACGGCUCUGCUGGAGCAGUUUGGUCAGGGUGGAGCCUGCAGGGAGACCAGCGAACCCUUUAGUUAUCACAACACCUUCUUAUUAGUGGACCGACAGGAAGCAUGGGUGCUGGAGACUGCUGGGAAACUCUGGGCUGCACAGAAAGUCACAGAGGGUGUAAAGAACAUUUCUAACCAGCUGACGAUAGACUUCGAGAUCUCCGCUGAGCAUCCGGAUCUGCGCUCUGUGGCUCAGGCUCAGGGCUGGUGGAGUGGAGAGGGCGACUUCAGCUUCACUGCCGUUUUCAGCCCUGAUCAUCCGCCUGCCAGGAUGGAAAUGGCCAAGCAACGCUACAGGGGCGGCACAGCCCUGCUCCAGCAGCACAACGGCUCUGUGACGGCAGAGGUGAUGAUGAGUAUCCUGAGGGACAAGGCCAGUGGGAUCUGUAUGGACUCAGAGGGUUUCCGCACGACUGGCAGCAUGGUGUCCAUCCUCCCUCGCAACCCAAACAUGCCCUGCGUUCACUUCCUCACUGCCACACCAGACCCAUCCAGGUCUGUAUUCAAGCCUUUUAUCUUUUCGGAGAGCGUGAGGCCUGUCAGUAUGGUGAUGUCCCCUCAGUAUGGCCCAGGCGACCCCGUCAGGACACUGCCUCGUUUCCAGCACCAGGUGGACCGCAAACAUGAGCUCUACAAAGCCCACCAGAUGGCCAAUACCAGCUCUGAUGCUGGAGUCUCUCUACAGGACACUAUGAGGUACCUUGAGUCCCAGUGUCUGGAGGAGAUCGAGGCCAUGCUGAGAGGCGAGGUUCAGGGCCAGGAGCUUGGGGAUCUGUUCUUCGACUGUGUGGACGCCGAGAUCAAAUUCUACCAGUGAAACAGUGUAGGUAAACAGAAACGCCACACAUCUGACCAGAGUCUUCCUCUGACUGAUCUUGCCUGUAACCUGUGGCUGUUUUGCAGUUGUAAUUGUGAUUGUCACUAGUGCUUGCUGAUCUGCCUGGAGAGAGAACGAGAAAGACAGAGAGUCCAGAGCGCACAGGUUCCUGCCUGCUCUCCUAGUUCCCCUGAUGCCAUGCCAAACUAAUCGUGAUGUCCAUGCCACACUAACUGUAACUUUAAAAACACACACACAUUAGAUGUUGAUGUGAGUGGAUCACCAUAACCAUGUGUAAUUGUCACCCAGGGUGUUCAUAUAUGCAUCACAUUAACCGGUUUGUGAUAGAUUACUAAGGUGUGUAUGUGCUGUGGGUAGAUGUGUGAGAGAGAUGUUAGUCAAAAACACUUCUCAUUCCUGUAAGAGACGGGCUCAGCCACCAGACUGACCCUCUGAGGAGAAACACAAUAAAAUGUCCAUGGUUCAAAA